UUUUUUUAUUUUUUUAUAGUUUAUGUAAUUUAUUUAUUUGUUUAUUGCUUUUUCUUUAGUUCAUUUUCUUUAUAUAAUGGCAUUAAUAGAGCAGAAUACUUCAAUAUCUAACCUUAUUUUAGUCAAAGAUAUGAGUCCAAAGGCAAGAAAUUUUGAAUGUGAAGUUAUAGUACUUCAGAAAGAGGGAGAAUCAACAAGGACACGUGAUGGUGAUUUUUUAUCUAAAUUUUGGGUAGCCGAUAAAACAGGUUCAAUUAUCUUAAAUGCUUGGGGACAAAAUGGCUUAGAUAUUCAAUUUGGAGACAUAUUACAUCUAACAGGCGUGUAAAGUAUAUACACAUAUACAUAUGUAUUAUUAUUGUUUCAAGUCAAUAUACAUAUUAACAUACUAUCAACCUUUUUUUAUUUUAUUUGAAGAGAUGGC